CGUCGGAACUGGAUAAUUGCAAGUGGGGAAAAACAAGUUCUGACUCCAAGUUGUUUCGAACACUGCAUAAAAACGGGACGAAGCUUUCAGCCUACGUCAUAUGUGUGCGAAAGAGGAUCAGUAUAAAGUCAACUGGUAGAAGGCAGAUGGGAUAGUUACGUAUAAAAUGUUUGAAUAUAUUAGCUCAAUAAUCUGUAACGCGGAUAAAUCUUGAAGUAGCACGGCCAUUAUGCGAAAAACUAGAAUCAGAAUUUAAAACAGGGCGUGGGACAUUUAAAAAUGGUCAGGGCGAAACGAAGCAUGCUACAGUCACUGAUGACACUGGCACCUUUCUUUCUUUGCACAGUUAAAGCGGAAUGCCCCACAGCUCCAACUGAGCUUGACAACAACGUUAUUUUGUCAGAUGAGGCUGUUGUACAGAACGAAUUCCCCGAUGGGUCCGUAGUUAAACUGGAGUGUGACAACGGAUAUGUUCCGGAGGAAGGAAAUAACACCAUCACCUGUGACAGCGGCAGCUGGACCAAAGUGGAGCUGAGGUGUACAAGGAAAAAUUGUGGACCCCCCAAAGUGAUCCCACAUUUAACAUUUGAGUAUCAGAAUGGAGAGAAUGGUACAUAUUUUAGGGAUCGAAUAAGAGCGAUUUGUGAGCCCGGUUUCCAGCUCGUGGGAUCAGGCCACUGGCAGUGUCUAAACCACGGCUGGAAAGGGAAGUCAGCAUGUAAAGAGAUAAUGUGUGGCGCGGCUCAGCUUGACACUUUACCUGCUCUUGAAAAUGGACGGAUCAUCAAAGCUCCUCUUGACAAAGAACACAUUCAGUUCGGUGACUCCAUUCAGUAUAGCUGUAGUGACGACUACCAUCUCACUGGAAAUGAUACCAUCAAAUGCACUGAGAAUGGCUACACUGAGCUGCCUAAGUGUGAAGUUACAGCACAGAGACCAAGCAAGACCCCCAAGAAAGAACCAAUUGAGUCAUCAGUCUCUGUGUCAAAAGGAGCCGCCAUAGCUGUCCCUGUACUGGCUGUAUUUUUCAUUGUCUCAUCACUGUUAAUAUGUCAUUGUGCAGGCAACAGAGGAUCUUACGACACACAAGAGGGGAGCAACAAGAUGGGAAAGCUCACAAAAAGAAAGUCUGAUAACUUCCAAGAUCAUUUUGAUGUUGUCUGAAAAUGUGGGCCAAGUUACAAUCAUCCAUCAUUCUGACUGACGAGGCUGUAGCAGCGAAUAGUAGAAUUGUAUUAAGAUUUUAAAUGAGUAUGCUCUUUUAAUCAUAUUGCAUCUUUGCUGUAAACUCUUUGGUCGAUCUGUUGUUUGCCUGUUCUUGUGGGGAGGAGGCUGCUAUACAAUAUUAUUAUAUGAAAUCCUAACAUUUAUACAUUAUUUUUUUAUGCCCUAAAUGUAUAUUGCCCUAAAUGAGUGUGUUGUUUCUUAUGGACAGAUCAUUUUGAUGUUGUCUGAAAAUGUGGGCCAAGUUAUAAUCAUCCAUCAUUCUGACUGACGAGAGCGUAGCAGCGAACAAUCAGUUGCUUUUCAAAUGAAUUUAUACACUUUUGAAAAAUAAAAUUAUUUGUAUUAAGAUUUUAAA